CUUAGACACAAAUUUGUGGAGGAGCGGCGUGGAGGCCUUGGUGGAGUUUUGCGUUCUAAACGCGGCCUGGAACUCAUGGAAGCCCUCUGCCCCGGAUGUGAGCAGUUAUGAGGGCGACGGUCGUUGCCGAAGCCAAGGCCUGUGAAUUGAGAUUGUCGGCUCUGGGCUCUGAAAGGCUGUCCAGGCACUGACUACAUUUUUCAAUGUCCACCAUAGCCAAGGCAGCUUCCUGUCCGCGCACCAACGCUUUCAGGACCGUAGGAAGCAUUGCGCCCGAGUGCCCGCGGAACAUUCUUGUAGGGACCGCAGGGUCAGCAUACAGAAAGGAACACAGCCCUGCUGACAUCUUGAUCGUAGCCCAGUGAGAAACAUCUCAGACUUUUACCCAACUGCCUAAGCGUAAGCUCUGCUUUCUCAGGACUCUACUUCACCAGGAGAGGAGUCUAGAAGACUGAUCGAUUCUUGGAAUUUUAAGUCAUCAUGGCCCAUCAGUUGAUGAUGUUCAGGGAUGUGGCUGUAGACUUCUCUCAGGAGGAGUGGGAGUGUCUGGACUUGGAACAGAGACAUUUGUACAGAGAUGUGAUGUUGGAGAACUACAGUAACAUGAUCUCACUGGGACUUUGCAUUUAUCAGUCAGAUGUGUUCUCUUUACUGGAGAAGGGGAAAGAGCCCUGGAUGGUUUCUCAGGAUGAGACAGGAGGACCUUGCCCAGACAUGCAGUCCAGAUGUCAGAGCAAGAAGUUAUCACCAAAAAACAUCACUUUUGAGAGAGAAUUGACUCAAUUGGAAAUUUGUAAAAAAUACAGCCUUGAAUAUUUAUGUUUUAGGGGUGAUUGGGAAAGCAAAGAUCAGUCUGAAACACAACAGGAAAAUCAGGAAGAAUGUUUAAAGCAGGUUAUACUCACCAAUGAAAAAAUGGCCACUUUUAACCAUCACACAGCUUUUAACAUACAUCACAAACAGAAUACAGGAAAGAAACUGAAUGAAUUUAAAGAAUGUGGGAAAGCCUUUCCUUCUGGCUCAGACUGUACUCAACAUCAAGUAAUUCAAACUAGGGAGAAAUUUUGUGAAGAAUAUGAGAAAACCUUUCUUUCUGACUCAGAACCUACUCAAUAUCAGACAGUUCAUGCUGCUAAGAAGACAUAUGAAUGUAAAGAAUGUGGGAAGGCGUUUAGUUUGCGUUCAAGUCUUACUGGUCAUAGGAGGAUUCAUACUGGUGAAAAACCUUUUAAGUGUAAGGAAUGUGGGAAGGCCUUCAGAUUUCAUUCUCAACUUAGUGUCCAUAAGCGUAUUCAUACUGGCGAGAAGUCUUAUGAAUGUAAGCAAUGUGGGAAGGCCUUUAGUUGUGGCUCAGAUCUUACACGACAUCAGAGAAUUCAUACUGGUGAAAAACCCUAUGAAUGUAAUGAAUGUAGGAAGGCCUUUAGUCAGCGAUCACAUCUUACUAAACAUCAGAGAAUUCACACUGGUGAAAAGCCUUAUGAAUGUAAGGAAUGUGGAAAAGCUUUUACUCGUGGCUCACACCUGACUCAACAUCAGAGAACUCAUACUAGUGAGAAAUCUCAUGAAUGUAAGGAAUGUGGAAAAGCCUUUAUUCGUGGUUCAAAUCUUGCUCAACAUCAGAAUGUUCAUGUAGGCAGGAAACCCUAUGAAUGUGAGAAAUGUGGAAAAGCCUAUAUCUGGAGUUCACACCUUGCUCGACAUCAACGAAUUCAUACUGGUAGGAAACCUUAUGAAUGUAAGCAAUGUGGGAAGACAUUUAUUUGGGCCUCGUAUCUUGCUCAACAUGAGAAAAUUCAUAAUGAGAGGAAACUCUAUGAAUGUAAGGAAUGUAGAAAGACCUUCCUUCAUGGCUCAGAGUUUAAUCGACAUCAAAAAAUUCAUACUGGUGAGAGAAACUAUGAAUGUAAGGAAUGUGGAAAGACCUUUUUUCGUGGCUCAGAACUUAAUCGACAUCAGAAAAUCCAUACUGGAAAGAGACCAUAUGAAUGUGAAGAAUGUGGAAAAGCCUUUCUCUGGGGUUCACAACUUACUCGACAUCAGAGAAUACAUACUGGUGAGGAACCUUAUGUAUGUAAAGAAUGUGGGAAAUCUUUUAUCUGGGGUUCGCAACUUACAAGACAUAAGAAAAUUCAUACUGACACAGAAUCCUAUGAAUGUAAGGAAAGUAAACAGAUCUUUGGUCACCAUCCAUAUUUUACUAAACAGAAAAUUCACAAUGGUGAUAAUCUCUAUCAAUGGAAAGACUAUGGGAACACCUUUAGUCAGGACUCAGACUUUGCUCAACACCAGGAUAUUUACACUUUUGAGAAAUCCUAUGAAUAUAAAAAUUUUGAGACAUCAUUUUCUCCAAGCUCUCACUUUAUUUCACUCUUAUAAAAUCUUAAUGAUAUAAAAAUAUAAGAAAGUAUUCAUGACUCAUUACUUGAUGUCCAAUAAUUGCUUCUUUUGAGAAACCCCACAAGUGUAAGUAAUACUGAAAAACUCUGUCAGAGUACACAACACACUCAACAGCAGAGAAUUCAUAAUGCAAUCUGCAUUAAUACAGGAAAGCAUUUACUGGAUGGUUUUCCAUUUGGAAUAUCAGAGUAAAACCCUAUGAAUAAGAUAACACUGUGAAUCUCUUCUGAAUCAUUUUUAAAACAUUCUCCACAUCAUUGAUAUUAUUCUGCAUAGAAUUUAAAUCUAACUCACAUAGAGCACCCUUCCAUCACUAUUUAAAUCUUGUUACACUUCCAUAAAAUUAUACCAAAGGUGAAUUUCUGUUAUGUAAUUAAUCUUGGAAAGCCUUGACUAUGUCAUUCACCUUCUUUGGUAUGCCUUAGUUCCAACAAAUCUUAUCUGUAUUUUUUGGAAAGUAACUCAAAUCUGUGUCUGUUUGCUUAUUUAUUUGAUUAUAAGGGUUAAAUGAGCUUGACUACUUAAAUGACAUCAUGGCCAUCAUUAAUUUUAGUAUUGGACCAUUUCUAUGAGAAAGACCUUGACAGUAUAAUGAAUAUAAACAAAUAUGCCAAUAAGAUAUAUGUCUUAUGGAACAGUAGGAUAAUUCUGAAGAAAAACCAGUAAAACAGAAUGAAGGGAUGAAAGCUUUGAAUCAGUAUUCGUUUGCUGCACCAAAAAAUCCAUACUAUAAAGAAAGCCUUACUGUUUUAAUAAAAGUGGGGUUGUUGAAUGCUCAGAAAUGUUUUUUGUUUUGUUUUUAAA